UUGUUUGUUUGUUUAAAGAUCCAUAAUUGAUUUUCAAAUUUUGAGAAUUUAUGUUUGGAAAGAUAGUGUGAUUGUGUUCAGACAUACAUAGUUCACAUGGAUUAAAACAGUAUCUAAGUAGCUAAAGGUUCCCGUAAUGUAGAGCCGUCAUCUCUAGAAGUACUUGUUAGCACUUCAGAUAAGGUAAACCAUAUGCUGUGCUGAGGUGAGCUGUCGAAAAUAAAUUCCUGCGAUUUCAAGAAUUAGUGUGAACCCUCUGUUCUUUAAUUUGAGGUCUCCAUUGUUCAUUGUAGUCAGCUGCUCUAGGAAUGUGUCAUCUUUUGAGAAGAUAAAUUAAUCACCUACCUCAUUUAUAUACUUCAAGAAAAAGAGUCAAACCCUCCUGUCCUCCUUAUCAGAAAGGAUUGGUUUUUCUAUUUUUAUUCACAUAUAGUAUCUUUUAGUGAGGAGGAUUUUACUGGAGGAAAUUGAGAGGGAAGCAGCACCCAGCCUUUUAGUGGGGGUUGGCGGGACCAAGAAAAGAAACAGUUGCAAUUAAAAGGUUAAAAUGUAUUGUAAGUUGGUUCGUUAGAACAGGGCUCUUCAGUAAUAUUUAUCAAACACUACUUUCAGAAACAUAAGGUAGGAAAAGGCUUGAGCAAGUUUCCUCCCCAUAAACUCUUAUUCAACCUCCAAUUAGCAUAAAAUCUAGCUCCCCCCCCCUUUUUUUUUAAAUGGCUGUGGCAACAUUUUCAAUUAUAAUAAAACCUUGGGUAGGGAUUUCCCCAAACCGUGCUCGUUCAUGUCUUAGGGCAGUUCCCUGAUCUGUUAUUUCUUCCUCCUAGUAGAGUCUGCUGAUAAAAAUACCCACAGACACAGUGAAGUCAGGGCACGCCUGGCUUUCUCUGACAACUCCAUGUGAUCACAUACAGGCAGCCUCACCGAGGCUGAGGCCGUGCAGCAAGCAGUAGGUAAUGAGUCUUUGUGCGGGAGAAGCUCUUGUCUUGGAACAAUAAAGCAUAUGGUACCAGCAAUAAAACACGGCGGGGCUGGGGAAUGUAAGAAGAUGCCACUGAACCAGGAAGAACGAUGCCUUCCGUAAUGCUGACACGUACUAUAUAAUGAUAAUCAAUUGAUUUUGGAUUCUAAUGAAUAAAGAGUGCCAGGAUUCGUCUACAGCUAUUUGAACAGGUACAUGUGACAACGCCGCAGCUAUGAGUGGAAUUCUAAAGAGGAAGUUUGAAGAUGUCGACGCCUCCUCACCCUGCUCCUCUGCCCGGGAAUCCGAGGAUGAAGUCUCCAGCAGUGAAAGCGCUGACAGCGGGGAUAGCGUCAAUCCAUCCACCUCGAACCACUUCACCCCGUCCUCCAUCCUCAAAAGAGAGAAACGGCUGAGGACGAAGAAUGUGCAUUUCAGCUGUGUCACGGUGUACUACUUCACCAGGAGGCAGGGCUUCACCAGUGUGCCCAGCCAGGGGGGCAGCACUCUGGGCAUGUCCAGCCGCCACAACAGCGUGCGCCAGUACACCCUGGGCGAGUUCGCGAGGGAGCAGGAACGGCUGCACCGGGAGAUGCUGAGAGAACACCUCAGGGAGGAGAAGCUCAACUCUCUAAAGCUAAAGAUGACAAAGAAUGGCACAGUGGAAUCUGAAGAGGCUAGCACUCUGACAGUGGAUGACAUUUCCGAUGAUGACAUUGAUUUAGACAACACAGAAGUAGAUGAAUACUUCUUCCUACAACCCCUGCCCACCAAAAAACGGAGAGCCCUGCUGCGUGCCUCUGGAGUGAAGAAGAUCGACGUGGAAGAAAAACAUGAGCUGCGAGCCAUCCGCCUGUCUCGAGAGGACUGUGGCUGUGACUGCAGAGUGUUCUGUGAUCCAGAGACAUGUACCUGCAGCCUGGCAGGCAUUAAGUGUCAGGUGGAUCGGAUGUCUUUCCCAUGUGGCUGCACUAAAGAAGGCUGUAGUAACACAGCAGGUAGAAUUGAAUUUAAUCCUAUCCGUGUCCGGACUCAUUUUUUGCACACAAUAAUGAAACUCGAACUCGAGAAAAACCGGGAGCAGCAAAUCCCCACGCUGAACGGCUGCCACGGUGAGAUAAGCGCCCACAGUAAUGCCAUGGGCCCCGUCGCUCACUCUGUAGAAUAUUCCAUUGCAGACAAUUUUGAGAUUGAAACCGAACCCCAGGGCACAGUGCUGCACCUGCAGGAGGAGUUGGAUUGCCAAGGAGAGGAGGAAGAGGAGGAGGAGGAAGAGGACGGAAGCAGUUUCUGCAGUGGAGUCACCGACUCGAGCACACAAAGCCUGGCCCCCAGUGAAUCGGAUGAGGAGGAAGAAGAGGAGGAGGAGGAAGAGGAGGAGGAGGAAGAAGAUGACGACGAGGACAAGGGAGACAGCUUUGUAGAAGGGCUCGGAGCCCACGCUGAAGUCGUCCCUCUUCCUUCCGUCCUUUGUUACUCUGAUGGUACCGCCGUUCAUGAAAGCCACACAAAAAAUGCUUCCUUUUACGCUAGCUCUUCAACUCUGUACUACCAAAUAGACAGCCACAUCCCGGGAACUCCUAGCCAGAUCUCUGACAACUAUUCUGAAAGAGAUACUGUCAAAAACGGUGCCCUGUCGCUGGUGCCUUACACCAUGACCCCAGAGCGAUUUGUCGACUAUGCCAGGCAAGCGGAAGAGGCCUACGGGGCCUCCCACUACCCGGCUGCCAACCCGUCUGUCAUUGUUUGCUGCCCCACUCCCGAGAAUGAGAGUGGGGUGCCCUGUAACACCUUGUAUCCUGAACACAGGUCCAAUCUUCCCCAAGUGGAAUUUCACUCAUACUUGAAGGGCCCCUCCCAGGAAGGGUUUGUCUCCACGUUGAAUGGUGACAGCCACCUGUCAGAGCAUCCUGCAGAAAGUUCUCUGAGCCUUGCCGAAAAGAGCCGAUUGCACGAAGAAUGCAUCAAAGCCCCCGUGGUGGAGACGGUCCCUGUCUAGUUGCUUAAAUUAUUCUGUUACAGGACCAAACCUUCUAUUUAAGCCACUGUAUUGCAUUUGCUGGGCUCAUCGUCGUUUAACCCGAAGACCAAGAAUAUUUGGACUGUGAUUAAUCUUCCAGACAGUAUUUCUUUUUCCUUCCUUUCUAGCUUCUCAACUGUGGUGUGGCACAAAUAAAAUACAGUCGCUGUGGGGAUUUUAAACGAUUUUGAACUGUUUUGAUAGAAAAUGCUAAAUUGAAAAAAAAAAAAAAAAAAGAAAUGCCUAUCUCACAGUUAACUACCUGUCAAACUGUGUGAACCCUGCCAAGCUAUGCAGAUCAUAGCUCCAAGUUUUAGAUUAUCGGGCCUGUGCAAGAUUGUUAACUAAGACUAGAAAAUACUCAGAUUUAGAGUCCUAAUUUUCGAUAUAUCUGAAGAUGAUGGUGACUUUUUAAUGUAAAAGUAAUUAUUGUAAGAAAAAGAUUGAAUCGUUUCUUGUGUAUUUUAUUUAUGGUAGUUUAGAAGUCACGCUUUGAUGAAAAUGAACAGCAUGUUCACUGAAGCUGCAGUUAUGUCCGCUAGCACCACAGAGCAUGCCCACAAGGAUUGCACCUGGAAUCCACCCACAUUUUUAUGAUCAUGACUAAGCAGAUUUGCAAAUACUUUCUUAAGGAUGAGAUAGGCCUAUUUUUGCUAUUUGGGACAAAUGAGUCUAUAUGUGCAGGUCCUUACGCAGUUUUCUCUCAAGUUAAGAGUUAGGACAAUCCUCUGGUGAGGGUCCAGUUCACUGCCCUCCCUCAGCUGAGAUCGACGGAACUGCCUUUCUUUUUUAAACAGCGUCAUCUUGUUUAUUAGCUUAGACAGCACCUUUGAACUCUACCCCCUCCAUCAAAAUGCACUUUAGUGCCCCUUCAUGGUACCUCCUGUGGGGUGGGGUCUCAGAAUUCAGAACGCUUUGAAAUCAACAUUUUUUAAUUAUGAAAAAGUUAACUAUUGUAAGGUUCAUACAAUAGAGAUAGAGGAUUCUUCCAAUGGCGUGAAGAAAAUGACUUGUUUUCCUUCAUCACUCUGAGGACCUAACUCAGUAACACAGAGGAGGCUGGGGAAAGAGAGAGAGAGAGAGAGAGAGAGAGAGAGAGAGAGAGAGAGAGAGAGAGAGAGAGAGAAGAGCACAGCCUCAGAACCAAUCUAUUCUACACCAUGAUCAACCCAUCUCUACAAAAGCAAAAACAUGUAGUGAGAUUUCCACUUGUGACUGAGAGCUGAGUGAAGGAAGGCCUCUACUCACAUACUCAUUAGGCCUCACUUUUCUGAAGCAUUUUUCUUUGUCUUGCCUUAGCACUGUAGUCCAGAAUGCAUUGCAAAGGCAGCCACUUCAUGUUCUCUUACUAAGUAAAGAGAAUGCAUAGAAAGGAAACAUGCACAGCCUGCCUCUGAGUUGCUCACUUGGUUCCCUGGGAGAAUUCUGGACAGCCUCUCUUGUUAGCUUAAGUAACUAUUAGACAAGUGCUAUGGUUCCCCCAGUGCAAUGAUUAUGCCGAAUCCACUUCCCAGCUUUGACAUUCUGUUGCGCCAUCAUUUCACAUGUUUUAUGUCUAUUUAAAAUGUAGACACACCCUGCUAUGCAGUAACUGCAUCCCUAAUGUUUUUUAUGCCUCCUAGACCUGGGUAUUUAGAUAUCUUAUGGGUUUCAGUUCCUUACAACAUGCUAUUUUAUUUGCUAAAACUUCAAUGUGCUCCAGAGUCCUGCAGUGAGAAGUUUCUAUUUAAACUGGAUGUGGGGAAAGUGUGUUUGCUUAUGGAAUUGGUUCCUGCCUGUCUCAAUAUCAGGACACUCAAGGCCAAAUCAACACUAACUAUUAGCAUCAUUAAAAGCACUUUGGGUUUGUCAUGCUCUAGAAAGCAGUAAUGGAGGUGGGUUGCUCCAUUUGUUGAUUGGUGGGGCUACUCUGAUGGGCGUUUGCUCUGACUGUGGUAGUAUGGCCAGAGUUAUCUGCAGUGUUACCGUUUUCAGUGUUUGAGCUCCAGUUUCCCUGGCCCCUGCCUACACAGUCUGAAGAGACCCAAAGAGGAAAUGACAGUAGGCUGUUGUUCCCUCAUUCAAGCAAAUGAAAGAGUUCUGGGUCCACCUUUGCUGGACCGCUCCAGUCUCUGAAGUACUGACUGGUGAGGCACUCUCGGGCUAUCCUUAGGACAGAGUGUGGGGAGACCCAGGGCAACCCUGUCUAGGGUAGAGUUGAGGGGCCAUGUCAGUCCAGUUCCUGAGUCCCUAGCUACGCGUAUUUCUGUCAAGCCUUAUUUUACAAGGCUUGAAGCCUGCCUGCCUUUUUGUAUUGGGCUGGGUUUCUCUUUUGCAGCUUUAUUUUUCCCAAGAGGGACACUUCAAAAACAGAGCUUUCUUCCUCUCUCUAUUCAGUUGGGAUAGAAAGUCUCACUCUGCUAAGGAUAAUUACCUUUCUAAGCAUGAAAGAGCUGCCAUUCUAAUUUUUCACAUACCUGAGUAGUCCAUAGACAUCUCUCACAAAUCAUAAUGGGUACAGGCUACCUAUUUUAACAACAACAACUAAAAUCCGAUGUACUUUAUCUGUGUUAUACACACACAAACUCAGAAUACAGGUGUACCAUACCCUAGAAGGGGACAGAUUUUAGGUAGUAGCUAGUCACGAGUACUGGAUAUUUAGUUCCUACUUUACAAUCAGAUUGUGUCUUAUCUAAAAGAAAAUAUAGAAGAAAAAUCUGAAAGCGAUUGAUAGAAAAUAUUGCAUUAAAGUUAAAAAAUAAUAUUAACGAGGAACUAUCUCAUUGUGUAUUCCUUUCCCAGUAAAGAACUGAGAACGCAAUGAACAGACCUCCUAUUUAAUAAAAACUGCCCACAUGCAAGGCAAGUGCCACAGUGGUUUCUGGUUUCUGGGAGGAAUAUAGUUGGAUGCAGCCAGGUUGAGACACUGUAAGUCUUAGAACCAGGGCACAAUGCUGUGAUCUGCAGGUGUCACGCUGCUUCUGUAGUAUAUCUAACCAAUUAGAGUCUUUGUGAGUGCAUGCCUCCCAAGGCUUGCAAUAUCAAUGACACAGCCCAAUGCUCCAGACCCUAUUGUUUUAAAGAUUUGAUUCCCAGUUAUACUCCUAACCAAAUUGAUUUGCAAGUCAAGUGAACUAAUCAGCCUCAUCUCCUUUAUCUUUUUUUUUAAAUUUUCAUUGGUAAAAAGAAAUCAAAGACCAUUUUUAAGUUCCCUCCCCCAAUGUAUUGACCAUCAAUUACUAAAAUAUAAGUUAAAAUUCAAUUGUCUCUCUUUUUUUUUUAGUAGAUUGAAUAAUAUAGCCUUUUGGAAAACCAGUCUUUGAGGUAAUUAUGUUUUCCUCGUCAUAUCAUGCCAACCACGUAUAAAAUAUCUAACAUUUCCUCAAGUGGUGAAAUCCAUAUAGUCACAUGACCCAGCAGUACCAGCUCCUCUGGCACAGUACCAGUUACAGAAACUUGCCACAGUUCUCAAGACGUGCAGAGGUUAUACCGAUUACAUGCUAGGCAAAAUGUGAUUUAGAUUUCAUUAAACAAGAAUAUGUACCAUAAUUUAUUUCCUAAUUGUUACCUCACUUUUUAAUUGUUACCUUGUACAAGUUAUUAAUGGCUUAGUGUUGAUCUUCAGAACGUGACAAAUAUCCAUGUUUUCCUUUUAACAAGUAUUUAUUGAAUACCUCCUGUGUUGUAACAGCUGACUUGGUAGCAAAAGGAGCAGGGGAAUACAUACGUGGAAGAGUGAGGACAAUGGAGGGUGGCAUGAGAUGGUCAAGCCUGACUGUAUCCUUUUACAUGGAAUCCUCCAGUGCCCUUGGGAAAACACUGUCGCAGAGUCUUCUCAUUCUGCACAAACUGCUUCUAAAAGGAGAUGCUUUUCCCUAAAUUAAUGGAACUUACUACAUCCUUCUGAAACUGAGGAAAUAAAUUUGGAUUCCGGGAAAAGAUGUUCAGAGAGUCUUUCUUGGAAGCAGAUCUAUCUAAGAACAUGUCAAAUGUAUGCCAGUAAACUCCCCCCAGUUUUGACCCAUACAGAAUCCAGAGAACUUUAGAAGCAGUGUGGGGCAUGAUCCUCUUACUUUACAGACUAUUCAAAUGGUAGAACCCUGCACCGAAGGCAUUGCCCAGAACCAGAUAGGAAAUGAGAGAGGUCAUUAGAGACCCCUCCUUUCAGCUGUAGUUACAUUCCAGUGACAGUUCACAGUCAUUAUAGUCAACAUAUAAAAUGACAAGUGUGAAUGGAAGGCAUCUUUAUGCUGUCAUGGUCUAAAUGACUAUAAUUUGAAACUGUAACUAUUUGUUGUAUUGUUGCCAUGACCAAUACCCAAAGUGCAAGGCUUGCUCACUUUUACUUCUACUAUGAAACUGAGAUUUCUUAUUGUAUCAUUUUCCAAGAGUGUGAACUUAAACUGGCUAGAGUCACUUAAAUGUCACCGCUUUGCACCAGCAGUUAGUUCAGCUCAUCCGUUAUUUCCUGCAGCACGACAGAGUUUAAUUGAAGAACCACAAUUUGAAAUCUCACUAAAAUUGUGGAAGGGACAAGACAGGGGUUCAGAUGGAAUGUAAGUUUGGAAAUGAUAGUGUCUGCUGAGAACUAUUCAUAUGUUUCAACAGAGUUGAACUGGGGCUUAGUGUGCUGGAGGUUCACAAGUGGUAGGCACUCCAAAACCUGAAAAGUCAUUUCUGAUGGGGCUGCCCCCAGAGCCUAGUUGGUAUUCCCAUUUACUGGCCAAUAUCCAAAGCAGUCACGGUUCACUCUCUAAAAUAUAAGAGCACAGACCUCCAGCAAUCUGAAGAAAGUCUUUAAACACAUACACACUCAAUGCUAAAUGAUUAAGCAACUGGCAUUGUUGACAAAAGUAAGAGAUUUGGAAAGAGAAUUCUUCUUGAACAAAUGUGACUCGGAAACAGUCACCUGUAAGCUUUGCCUCACUUCCUCUCUUGCCAGGACUCUUCAAGCAAGACCAAGAGACCCAGUGUCUUCUAAACAGCAUGGCUGUCUUUCUCUUUUGUUGCUCAUCAGAAACUUAAACCUGAAAGCUUGGCACUGCCUGGGUUUUCUGGUGGUCAGCAGUAGGGCUAAUCUAACUGUAUGCUGCCUUGUCUGCCAUGGGGGUUUCCAUUCUAAGAGGGUUAAGUCAGAUAGGGAGGGGAACCAGGAUGCCUUUUCCGUAUGUUGUUUCUGAGAAAACUCUUUUUGUUUUGUUUUAAAUGCCCUUAAUAUAGAAGGCGGAACUUUAGUGCAUGCAGAUAUUUGUACGUAUGGGGAAAGCAAUCACUCCAAAGAUUUAUGUCCUGUCCGUUAGGGUUUUCUUUCCUUGCCACCGGCCUUUCACUAUGCAGGACUAUUGCUUUGUGUCUGUCCCUUCAAGCUUACUUACAUUUCAAGAAAAGACAAUUCUAUUGUCAUUUUAUUUCAUAUUUCACAGAAGCUGGCAGGACCAAGCUUGUGAAGGAAGAUGAUCGAUGUGAUUUAAAACAGCAUUUGUACUCAGCAGGCUUGCUGGAAUUCCUCAGACUAUCUCAUUAGCACACUGAUAGUAAAGGCAGUUCAAAUUAUGGUUUUUGUCACAUGUGCAGGGUCGUCUAAGUAUUUUUAAGGAUAAUGUAUAUUGAUUAGAAAGGGCUAUAAGGAGAUAAAUUGGGUAGAAAUCAGCCUUUGUCAAAACUGAUUUACAUGACUAUUGAUUUUUAGUUGUAGCAUUAAAAUAGCUUCAUAGUUAAAUGUCUUAUUUCUUUUUAACUCUAUUCCAUUUUUUUUUGGUCUGGCUUGGAAUGAGCCUAAAAGUUAUUUAUUAAUGAGGACCCAGAAGAAAACUGAACGAUAAGGCGUCUCUUUAAAAAUUACCUAGAAAAUUCUAUCUGUACUGAGUCUUACCACACACAAAUGAGACUCCUCACCCUCUAGUCUGGGUCAUAUGCCCCUAAAGUAGUUUGUUAUCUUUGUGUUGAAGAAAUACCAAGAGGGAAUUUGUAGCACAUUUUAUCCAGUAUCACUUUGUCCUUUUUUUUCAUAUUGGCCGCCAUUUUUUCCUCCCUUUUCUUAGAAAUGCCAUCACUAUUUAAACAAAUUCAAAGAACUGUAUAAAUUAUGAAAGUUUAUUUAAAUAUGAAGAAAAUAAAGUCCUCAAUUUUAAAUCUGAAUUCCUCUAAAGAGGAAGAAAGUAGCUAAAGCUAGGGAAUAAAUUGUUGUCCUUAAAAAAAAAUAGUGUUUAUACUUGAGUAAUGGAAUGAUACCCACAUGCUAUCUAGACUUGAUAGAUUUUUAAAUUUUAAUAGCUGCAAAAUUCUUUUUUGUUUUUUUGUUUUUUUUAACCUCAAUUAAUCACAGUCUACUUCCAGGGUAUACCAUCUGAACCCUGAUUUAUUAGUACAGUCAUGCCCAACAGCUAAUUUAGGACAGUCUAAUCUUAAAGAUAUUCACAGAGGGACAACUAAGCAUAAGUAAUGGGAGAUGUGAGAUUCUUCUGUAUUCUUCAGGUUGUAUAGGCCUGAGCCUAAGAGAGCUCUCCAGAGGACCUCUGAGGAGGACAUUCACUCAGGCAUAUCCAACAGUAUAGAUUCUCAUUUCUUCUUAACAUCUCUAGGGGAGAUGACUUCCUUGGCAACACAGUCCAGCUCUUUGAGGUUUUCUCAUAAGAACAUAUCUUGGCCAGUCUUUGUAGAUGAGGUACCUGGCAACAUUGGGGCAAUUGUACUAAAAGACUGUAGAAGUUGACUUCUCCUUCAUCUGAUGAUUAUCCCAUAAGGCAAUUCUCUAAAUGUCUUAAGAAAUCAAAUUUUAAAAGAGACUGAAGGUACUCAGACACUGAGUGAUGUAGCCUGCUUUUGGAAAACAAGGCAUCAGGCAGCUUUUAUUCAUUUCUAUUUGCUUUUUAAAAAUUACUGUCAUGUCCAUGAGAGUGAUUGGUUUAGAUCCCAGUCACAAACAUCAGAACUAGAGUCAAGUGAUUUGACUUUUAUACUGUUCAAUUCUCUGAAAAGUUACAAUUUUAGAAUGAAAAAAGAGGGGGCAUUUUUCUAUGUACUUGCUUGUGAUCAAGUACCUUCUUGUUAAUCUUCCCUUAACGUAUGUAACAAAUGAGAAUCUAGACUUUUUCUUCUCCUUCUGGAGAUGUGACUGUCUGCGAAGAAUCUGAUCCGGAAUAAAAUGACUCCAAAGAAUCACUCAGCUGCCAUUUGAUCCCAGCCUGUGUAUAUGAGGAUAUUAUGUAAACAAUGGCUGCUUGCAUUCUCAGGAAUCAGGAAAGAGAUUUAAAAAAUUGUCAUCUUGAAAAGGCCCGUAAACUAAAAGGGGUGUUCUGGAAAAGGGUGAUGUUUGUUUGUGUUUCUUUUUGGUUGUUUUUUUUUUCUUUUCCCUGAUGGUAUCACUUGCCCCAGAUACUCCCUACAGCUUUCAGAGCCUUUUCUGUUUGCCUGCAACUCAGAGAGAGCGCCAACCGGAAGCUGAGGACCACCCUGGACGUCAGGGUUUCCUUCCUCCAUGGAUCUUUUCCAAUCUCAGUAUGGCUGCUUUUCCCCACCUGAACACCUGUGUGAAAUGACAGCCACAUCAGUGUACUUGGUCCCCAUGAGUAACACUGUGGGGAAGUGACCCAGUGACAUUCUUAGUUUAAAAAAAGAAAAAAGAAAAAAAAAAAGAAGUUUCUGUAGAAUGCUAAUGUAAUGAAUGGUGAAUAAAAUUUGGCCUAUGUUUUAAUCGAUUCUAGGCACCUCAACAGAAAGAAGUCUGAGGCGUAGUUUGUGAAACAUGUUUCAAAAGUGUUUGAUGAUGUAUAAUAAAUGCUAGACAAUUACAGUACAGAAAUAGUCAGAGAAAAACCUGAACCUGUAGAUUACAUCUCUGUUCCUAAGAACUCAGCCUUUGUUGUGUGUUAGUAAUGUCUCUCUGCUUUCUCUUCAGUUUAUUGAAUUUUGGUGUAACUGCCUCUUAAGGAUAGAAAUAUUAAUAACUAUGUACUGAUUAAUGCCUGUUAUUGCAAAAAAAAAAAAAGGCACUUUGUUAUUUCAGUGUGUUUCCCUUAGUGUCACAGGGUAUAUGAAUUUGAUAGGAAAGGUCAUUUGGCAUUGGUCAACAGAACAUUUUCCUCAUUGAAAAUCCAUGUUUACAGUUGGUUGUCACCCUUUGCAGUGUCUUUGUCUUGAUCACAGUCUUAGACAGCAUCCAUGUUUCCACUUGCAAACUGCCAUGGGAGCUUGGUACAUGUGGAAACUGGUAAGAUGUAGUGAACUGAAUGUGUUGUUAGGUCACGUGAUCCCGAGGACUCAUGUACCCUUCUGUCUGUGUUGAACCACCCAUGCAUUAGGAUUGGUCCCUGAAAGAAGGCCAUCUAUUGAGGGUAUUUGUAUCCAGUGUUUGGUUUGGGGUCUGUUGGAAGCUAGCAGGUGGAAAAUGCAUUACUAAAAACUCAGAAAAGCCACCACAGUACUAUAAAGUACAUUUCAACAUUGAUUGAUUGAAGUUUAUCUGUCAACUGAUUUGUGUCAUUACUUUUACCCAAUAGAUCUUCAAUAGAUACUUCAUCACUGUUCUGUGCAUUCUGAUGACUUGUAAGGUUGAAAAGGAAGAAAAUCAAACUACAGUUCAUGCAGUCAUUUUACAGUAUGAUGUCAUGUUGUAUGUCGCAGUUUCUAGACUGGUUUUUUUCUUGUGUACAAGUUAUGACAUCAAAGAUGCCAAAGGGGAUAGAAAAUAAGCUACAA